UUAGCGGAUUGACACAAGGGGGUAGGAAUUGAGAAAAGCUAGAAACCCACACAGAACUAAAAAAUGGCAGAGCUUGGAGCGGGGAGCCUGCUAUUAGGGGAUCCUGCUUUUAAUUACCAAGAACAAGAGCUUAACGAACGGUUGAAGCGGCUGUACCCGGCCGUGAAUGAGGAAGAGACCCCUUUACCCCGAUCUUGGAGCCCCAAGGAUAAAUACAGCUACAUCGGGCUCUCACAGAACAAUCUGCGGGUGCAUUACAAAGGUCAUGGAAAGAAUCACAAAGACGCAGCGUCUGUGCGUGCCACCCAUCCAAUUCCCGCUGCCUGUGGCAUCUACUACUUUGAAGUGAAGAUUGUUAGUAAAGGCAGGGAUGGUUACAUGGGGAUUGGACUGUCGGCCCAGGGGGUGAAUAUGAACAGACUGCCGGGUUGGGACAAGCACUCCUAUGGUUACCACGGAGAUGAUGGACACUCCUUCUGCUCCUCAGGGACUGGCCAACCAUAUGGCCCAACCUUCACAACAGGCGAUGUGAUUGGCUGCUGCGUGAAUCUAAUCAACAACACAUGUUUUUACACCAAGAACGGCCACAGUUUAGGUGUGGCCUUUACGGACCUCCCGCCUAACUUGUACCCUACGGUGGGUCUGCAGACGCCGGGGGAAAUAGUGGAUGCCAACUUUGGGCAGCAGCCGUUUGUGUUUGACAUUGAGGACUACAUGAGUGAAUGGAGAGCAAAGAUCCACAGCAUGAUCGCGCGUUUCCCCAUCGGAGAGAGGCUGGGAGAGUGGCAGGCUGUGCUGCAGAACAUGGUGUCCAGCUACUUGGUGCAUCAUGGGUACUGCGCCACGGCAACAGCUUUUGCUCGAGCCACAGAGACGAUGAUCCAGGAGGAUCAGACUUCCAUAAAGAACAGACAGAGAAUACAGAGGUUGGUCUUGGCAGGUCGUGUCGGUGAAGCUAUCGAAGCCACACAACAGCUGUACCCCGGACUCCUAGAACGUAACCCCAAUUUACUCUUCAUGUUGAAGUGUCGGCAGUUUGUGGAGAUGGUGAAUGGUACAGACAGUGAGGUACGAUGCUUUAGUGUCCGCUCACCUAAAUCCCAGGACAGUUACCCCGGUUCCCCCAGCCUGAGCCCCAGACAUGGAGCCACCAACCCUCACCUGCACAACACAGGAGCAGACAGUCCCACGUGCAGUAAUGGAGUUAGCCCUCCAAACAAAGGCAAAAGCCACAGCAAAUACCCUGGCCUCAGUUCAGCCUCCUCAUCUUCUUCCUCCUCUCCCUCUUCUGUAAACUACUCAGAGUCCAACUCCACUGACUCCACCAAAUCCCAGCCUCACAGCGCCACCAGCAACCAGGAGACCAGCGACAGUGAAAUGGAGAUAGAGACAGAACACUACAGUAAUGGUGUGGCAGAAAACUCAUCCACUCACAUCAUGAACGGCACUUACAAACACCAGGAGAUCCUGCAGGGUGAUGACAAUAGCCUGGGCAACGGAGUCACAGAGGAAAGCGGGUCAUCCAGACAGUUGUGUGGGGGGAACCAGGCGGCCACAGAGAGGUUGAUCCAGUUUGGUCGUGAACUGCAAGCGCUCAGCGAGCAACUGUGCCGAGAAUACGGCAAAAAUGCCACACACAAGAAGAUGCUGCAGGAUGCAUUCAGUCUGCUGGCGUAUUCAGACCCGUGGAACUGCCCAGUGGGACAACAGCUGGACCCCAUGCAGAGGGAGGCCAUUUGCUCCGCCCUCAACAGCGCCAUUCUGGAGUCCCAGAAUUUGCCUAAGCAGCCUCCGCUCAUGCUAGCACUGGGCCAGGCCACGGAGUGUGUCCAGCUCAUGGGGAGGGUCCGCUCUGGAUCCUGCUCCUUCGCCAGAGUGGACAACUUUUUGCACUAGCCCAAGUCCAGGCAGUGUUGAGGACAGCUAAGAAGAGGACUUUGCAGUUGGCUGCCAUGCGGAGAGCCUGUGUAUGAAUUGGUGUGUGUUGCUUGCCGUUUGCCGGAAGCAGUUGAGCAGAUCGAUGACUAGAACACGAGGAGCGGCUUCUUUUUAAUUUAGUAUUAUCAAAUACAAAUUGUGUGACACUAUUUAAAGACAAUUAAUUAUUAUUCUGUUUAUCUAGUCAUUUUUAUUUUUCGUUUAUAUUUUGUCAGUUUGUUGUGCUCAUCUUGAAACGAAUCUAAUUCCGUUUUGUUUCUUUUUUUUUUUUUCUUUUUCUCUUUUGUUUUAAUGGAUGGAUUCCCCACAUAGUGUUUGAAACACACCAUAUCGAGGAUAGCCACAUUAACGAGCUCUGUUUGAUCUAAAUGAUGCACUCUGGUUUUCCCUCAUUCAGAACUCAGGUAUCCAGGCAUGUCGUUUCAGCAUGGGUUUAUUGCAGAAAGAGGAGUUGUUUCACUUUGCAGUUAAAAAUGAUGCGUCUUUUUACUCACACGGUUCAAAUUUCUGCUGGAUUCCAAAUCUGUUUGUAGCCUUUUUGCAAUUGGGCAAACAUCCCUCCGUGCACCCCACACCCCACCCCCCACCGCACCACACCGCACCCCCUGAGCAGUUCCAAAUUUGACUAAAAUUAUGAGAGUCUGAAAAUUUGCAUGCAUCCCAGUGUUACUUGGAAACUAAAUUAGUAACCAUCUCAGGCACCAACACCUGUAUCAUUAGAUACUUCUCUCACCCUAGCAACACCAAGUACUUAUCAGUUUCUAACUGGAGUGCAGCAGAUUGUUUUUCAGUCGCCAACUGUUUCCAGAAGUUGAUAUAUAUUUUAUCGAUCGCAUUUAUAGCUAGAGGUUCCAUUACCCAAAGUUACAGUGACACUUCUAGUAAUGCACCCCAACUGUUUGGUUGUUCAGUUAAAUGUAUUGAAGUUAGCCCUUUUGGUGUCAAAUUUUGUGUGCCUGUAUUGAAUAAACGGUGAAACAUUUGACAAAGAACAUAAGGCUUUUGUCACCUUUGACAAAAACCCAUUGGAUUCAGAGCAUAAACUUAAAAAAAAAAAACUAAACACAAAAAGAAAUGCAUCUCUUCAUGUUUUUUCACCUUAGAGACGAAGAUCGUUCUCAUGGUCUGAAAGUCUUGACACAGGCUGAUGGAAACUGACAGCAUUUUUAUUGAUUAGGUGUUAAUUUGACUGGCAGUGAAAUAUCACCAGUCACAUAUAUCACAAAACUGUGAUUAAAAUGACUGUGGUUUAAUGCACAAAUCACGCUACUGUACCUCUCACAAACGUAUUGUCCUGUCUGGAGAAGGAAGGCACAAGCAAGUUCUCAGUGUAUGCUGGACUACUAAACAGUUCGUUUG